ACCAUCCAGCCUCAAACUUGAGAUUUGUUUCACUCACAACCGAGCAUUCGAGAUAUACAUAUAUAUACGUAUAUACUACUAUACAUACGAAAAACACAGCCCUUCGUUUCAGCUUAAAACCGAGCCAUGAAAACACCAUAGAGACCUUCCCCUUCUCGAGAGGAAUCCAACGGUGAAAGAAUCGUUGAAAACGAUCGUGAAACGACGGAGAACAAGCUUGCCGGAGUUCCGCCGGGCUAACCGUAAAGACGGAAAACGGAGAAGAAGGAGGAGCUGCCGCUGCCGCCAACACAUCACCGACCUUCGCCGUCCCAAAACGAGCCUUCUACCACCACCGUAUCACGAAUCAGUCGAGGUGAUUAUUUUGAGACAAGAAUAGAGGAGGAGAAUUAGAAGCAUCAAAUUUGAGGUAAGUUUCUCUGCCGAUCCAAAAUGAUUUCCUCGUAUUAUAUGCUUAUUAUGCAUUUUGUGAUAAAGAGUGAAUUUUGAAUUAUGUGAUUUUGAGGAGAUAUUAGAUUUAUGGUAUUUUUGAAGUGCAAACGAAGUUCUUCUGGGUAUUAAAUAUUUUUAGAUACUUUUGAGACUAUUUAGAGAGAUUGGGAAAUAUUUUUGAAGUAUACUUAAUUCAAGAUAAAAUUAAGGAUUUCAUAAGAGGUGAGCACCCGGGAGAAAUCCGUGGUGUCGGUUUUCCACAUCCGGAUAAAUGUGGAGGGUGAUUAAGGCUGCUACUACUAAGAAGUACAGUUUGAGUUUGAAGUGACAUUUGGAUCUAUGAUCCCUUUUAAGAAGAAGUUAUAGUAGUAGUAGUCCCUAAUCAUUCAAGAAUUUUAAAGGUGGGGUAGUUGGUAGACUGAGUCCCGAUUACUCGUGACGACUUACUACUCGGAGGGCUUGGAAUCCCUUUUAGGGGGUGUGCACACUUAAGGUAGUCGUUUCGUUUCCAUUAGCAGUUGUGGUACCGGCAAAAGUCCCGGGGUGGCCGUACAUAACAACGUAACCACCGGGCUCAACCAGAGUGUUGAGCACCGCCCUUCUAAAUUACUAGGAAGAUAGAGAAGAAGUGAAUUUUUAGAAGUUCUAAGAGAAGAGUUACUAUAGUAUUUUUGAAGAAAAGUUGAGGACUUUAGUAAAGAAGUGAUUUUGAGAAAAAAUCAAAGAGAAAAGAAUUUUGGUGGAGUGUGUCAUUUUUAUAUAGUAUUAUAUGAAAAACUAUUUUUCGCCAAACCUGAUUAUUUUACGGGGUUGGGUAGUACUUACUUAGCUCUAAAGCUAAUUUUUGUUUUCUUUCCUUUGUUUUGUUUUCUGCACUUUAUUUGUGCAGGUGUUGACUCGUAUGAUCUCAUCAUGGUCAUAGUAUGUUACCCAUAUCUAUUGAUAACACGGAUAUUCACCACAUGGUCACAAUUCUUCAGUUGACCUAUUCCCUUUCAAGUAUUAAGGGUUGGUUUGCAACUCCUUUUAAAAAAACAUUUAUCAGCUUUUGACUUUAAAAAAGCACUUAUUUUUCCAAACACUACAACUUUUAUUUUUCUCGACUUCCGCGUCAAAAGUGUUUUUACUUUUUCUAUUACACAAAAAACACUUAUUUUACCAAACACUACCCACUUUUACUUUUCAAAAUCACUUUUUUCUCAAACAUUAUCAACUUUUAUUUAAUCACUUCUCCCCAUUUCAUUAAAAAAAACACUUUUUAAAAGCAAAAGUUGUUGCAAACAGACCCUAAUCCGCCAAAUUCAGUGACCUAUUUUAUCACUCAAGUUACAACUCUUGUAUAGUUUACAUAGAAGAUCAUACAUUGUAUCACUUGGAAUAUCACAUCAUACUAUUUGGUAAAAGUAUUUCACUUUGACUCUAAAUUGUAGAAUUUUCAAACUUAGUAAAUAACCAUCAAGUAAUCCAUUAUAUUCACACAUCAUCAUAGUAUCCUUUUUACCCAUAUGGACAAUUAUUUAAGAAUGCAAGUCCAUAUUGUCUAGAAUAUGUACAAUCCAUUUUGUCUACAACCCAUUUUCAAAAGUCCGCACGAUGAAUAGGUUUUCUAUUGGAUAAGAUCAUCCGAAACAACCAACCGGUUUAUACCCAUUGCAUUUAUACCAUAACAUAUUCAAUCUUGGCUUACUAUUCUAAACAAUUCAACGUAAUUUGGUAUGAACCCAUUGCAAUCCCAUUUAAAAUUACAACUCGUCUUUGUGAUAAAGUAUCUCACAAUUUCAAACUUAUUGAAAACAAGUUUCCUGUAAGUUUGAUCGCAAUUUAGGUCUGAACUAUUCUUUAGAAAAGAAUAUGAGUUGUCCACAAUAAUUCAAUCUAGGUAUUCAAAUCAUAAUAUGAGCUUUGAAUACCUUGAUUUAGAACUUUCCUUGCCACAAUUCCGACCGAAAUUGCUCGGACCGAAGAUUCGGACCAACGAGAAAAAUUUAUUGUUUUCAGUGUAGAUGACUUGUAUCAUCUAUGAUCUCAUAGUCUCAUAGAUCUUAUAAGCCUGAAAAUUAUAGACUUGAUUAUACAAGUCUAUAAUUUGACAUAAGCCUCAAAUAUACGAUUUUGGUAAUUUGGACUUGAGCUUUAUUGGUAUUGACACUGUAAAAUAACUUGAGUAAUAAAUAAAGCGUUGAUCUUUUAUUUUGAUUAUUUAUCAUUAUUUUUGUAAUCUUUCAUUGAAACAGUAACAAAUAAUAUAAUGAUUAUUAUAAUAUUAUUAUCAUAUUUAUAUGACACCAAUAUGUCAUCUUUUUCAUGAUACCAAAGUGUCACAAAUUUUUACGAUACCAAUGUGUCAUAAUCUUGUAUUACAUUAAUGUGUCACAAUUUACCGACACUAUUAUGUUUUACGAUCAGUGACACUAUAUUUAGUGUCACUAGCCGCCACUUUUCCCGACACUUUUUUAGUGUCGCAGAAACUUUCAGCGACACUAAAUUAGUGUUUACUGUAAGCCCUUUUUCUACUAGUGUAAGAGUCGUGAAUGAGUUGUAUUUUAAGAAAGUUUCUUGCAAAUGUCAUAUAGAUUGGUAAAUCUAUACACUCUUUGAAUGAGUGUAUAGAUUUAACUCUGUGUUUAAAUUCAGGAAUUUGAGACUGUAUAACAAAAUGAGCAUAGACAAAAAUAAUUUUUGUCUAAUUUUGAAAAGGGUUAAACUUGUAAACCCAGUGAUCUUUAAUCUACAUGUAUAACAUACAAUUCAAUAUGAGAUCAUACUUGUACAAUCGUAAUAACUCAAAUAAUAUUACAUACGAUGGGUUCAGCCGGUCGACACUAAUUAUGUGUCGAACAUAAUUUUAUAGAUGGGUGAACAUACAAGUAUGAGAUCUCACUGUAUUAAGUGAGAUAGGACGAUUGUAUGUAUAUAUUAAUUGGAAGACUUGGAAUUACCAAUAUAGUUGACGAAUGGCAAUUGUAAGGUUAUGGAUCGGAGUACGAGAUGACAAUGUAUUAUGGUAUUAACCAAAUUUAUUAAAGGUAAAUUUAAGUUAUCCCAAUAUUUGUUAAGUAUAUACAAAAAGACGAAUGUGACCAUAAUAUUCUUAUGAGUAAUUUAGACUAAAACAUUGGAAAAAAAUAUACAAUCAUGUAUAUAAAAUAUCCAAUAUUAUGGUUUUUACUAGGUAUGUCUAAAUUAAGUAUAUCUAUUCGAUUGCAAUUUAUAAAUUAUAUCAAAAUAGGACUAAAAGUCAUUCACUUUGCACAAAUAAGACCAAAAAAUAAACUAUGUUUCCAUAGGACUAGUUAUGUUUGUCUUGGACAAAUAUACCCUUAUACCUAUUGGAAUGUUUUAAUUCAUAAUAAAAUAAUAAAAAAUAAUAAAAAUUCGUAAAAUAUACCAAAAAAUUAAUAAAAAUAUUUUGAAUAAUAAUAAAUUUAAAAAAAAAAUUAAAAAUAAAAAUAAAAAAACAAAUUAAAAAAAUUAAAAAAAAAUCAAAAAAAUAUUUUUUUGUCACCGCCGCCUAUACCGCCCCAGCACCACCACCUCUAGUCAUUUGGGGAAAAAAUGCCAAAUUUAUUAUGAAUUCCAUAUUUUUGGCAAAAUUCAGAAUGAUUUAAGAUGGAAGAAAAAAAAUGUUGGCAUUCUCAAAGAGAAAUAUGCCAUAUUUUUGGCAUUUUCCGAAAAAAUGGAAGUUUGUAGGGAAAUAUGACAUUUUUUUUAACGGUCGGAGGUGGUGGUGCAGGGAGGCGGUACUACCACCUCCUGUCACCGGGGUAAAAAAAUGCCAAAAAAAUUAUGAAUGCCAUAUUUUUGGCAAAAGUCAAAAGGAUUCAAGUUGGCAAAAUGAAAAUGUUGGCAUUCUCAUAGAGAAAUAUGCCAUUUUUGUGGAAUUUAAAAAAAAGUGGCAUUUUUUACACCGAUCGGAGGUGGUGGUUCAGGGAGGUAGUACAGGCGGUGGGAAAGGUAUCCAUAUUUUUUUUAAAUUUUUUUUUGGAGUUUUACUAUUUUUUAUUAAUUUUAAAAAAAACAUUAAAAAAAAAAUUUCUUAUUUUUUAUUUUAUAAAAAUUUUAUUAAUUUUUUUAUUAUUUUUCUACGAAUUAUUGAAAUUUUUUCGAAUUUAUUAUGAAUUAAACAUUUAAUUAUGACUUUUAGCUAUCUUUUAUUAAUAUUUAAAGGAGGGGUAAGAAUGGAAGGAAGAAAUGAGUAUGUUUCCAAUAGGACCACUAUGGUCCUAUUUUGGAAUAAAAAACAUAGCAAAUCCUAUUUUGAGUUUUUGCCAUAGUUUUAGUCCUAUUUGGAGUAAUUUAAUUACUUAUUAGUUGUGUAUUUAUAUGCUGAUCACAUUAAGUAUGUACCGAUAGUUUGAACAAUCGAUAUAUCAUAGCAUACAAAUUUACCACAAUUAAUUUGGUCCAUUGUAAGAUAUCUUUGUAUGGGUUAAAUACUAUGAGAUGGGUAUUAACCAUUGGUAUAUGUAUUUUAAAUAUUGGGAAUUGUACACUACCAAGAUAGUUCCAAGUUUGUAUGAAAGGUGGUAAUAAAUCACAAUCGUUUAUAACAAACUAGAUUCUCACCCGUGCGAUGCACGGAAACAAAAUUUAAUAGGAAGAUUUAAUGUUGUUUAUUUACGUUAACGAUAUCUAUAAAAAAACGUUAACAAUCGCAUAAAAAAAUCAUAAAAUUACAAUUUAUAAAUGAGCAAAAGAAAGUAUGGUAUAUAAUAAAAAGUGCUAUAAUAAAUAGUUAAAAAGAGCAAGUACAAUUCGAUCAAUAUACGUUGGAAUGGGAAAUUUGUCUGAAUUUCUCAUAUUACCUAGUAGUUGCAACAUUAUAAAUUUUACAAUAUUCAUGUGCUUUACUUUGACUAUACUUUAUUUACAGAUGUAUCAAAAAAAUUAAAAUAUAUAAUUACAUUUUUCUUACUAUAUUUUCAAAAUGUAAGAGUUUUGAAAUUUUUAUAAUUAAGGUAAUAAAUAUAUUAAUGAUCAAAAUUGUGUGUUGCAAGCAUGAUGUUAGUUUUCUCCUUCAUUGAGUUCAUCAGUUCUAUCCAGAAGAGCUGAGCCAUAGAGACAGAAUAGAAUAAAAUAGAGUAUAGAGGCAGAAUAUAAUAGAAUAGUUUCAGGCUGCUCUCUCUCUCUCUAGAGGGAGAGCAGCGGCCAUUUCAUACGAUGUACCAAAGUUCUCGAUAUAUUAAUAUGAAUAAGAAUGUUUCUGCCCCCUCUUUCAUUUCUAUAGUUGUUUGAUUGUUAGAAAUAGGGACUAACACAUGAAAAUAGAAGUGUUGAAACCACAAAAGAACAAAGAAAAUAUAUACCAAUAUGAGUAUGAUUGGGCCACAUUUUUCGAAUUCCAUUAUGUAUGUGUGUGUAUAUAUAUAUAUAUAUAUAUAUAUAUAUAUAUAUAUAUAUAUAUAUAUAUAUUUAUAGUAUAACUAUAAAAAGAAUAAUCAAUACUAUAAGUAUUUAAAUACAUAAAACAUGUAAAAUAUAUAAAAUAUAAACUUCCUCCGUCUCAAGUUAUCUCACUACAAAAAAAUUCGGCUGUAGUCACGGAUUUAGUCAUGGAACACAGUAUAAACUUCUUUUGAUUUGUUGCAAUAUUGAUAAAAUUGUGAAAAAGUAAAAGUUAUGGUUGAGAUUUGAGUAAUAUAAAAUGAAAUGUUAUAGACUUCAUAUUUAUUUAAAAAAUGACACUUAUUUUGAUAAAGCCCCAAAAGGAAAAUAAGAUGGGUAAGAUAUGACAAAGUGAAUAUAAAAUAUAAUAUAAAUUACAUAAAGAAUAUACUAGUAUAAAAUAUAAAAAUAUACUCCGUAUAAUACAUAUAAUAUAAAAACACUUUAAUAUAUAUAAUAAUACAAAGAUAAAUUUUCCCAUAGAUUCAAGACCACUUUAACAACAUAAUUCCAUAUUGGGAAUUUUUCACAAGUAGGCUAAAAAGAGAAAAUUUUAUCAUUUUUAUCACUCUCUAAGUUUCUUUUCAAAAAUAGACUAAGAAAACUUUUCUUUUCAUCAAUAGACCAUACGGCGCAUACGGUAAUAACGGUACUACUCAAGUACUCCACUUAAAUGAACCUUUACUCCCUGAAAGUGCCGUUAGGUUGCCGAAACGGAAAUCAUACUGCAAGUUGCCCAGCCACAAAGUGUUGUCUCUACAUGUAUUCAAACACUAAAAAAAUGUAAAAUAAGAAAAUAAAUAUUUCUAAAAUAUGAAUUCGUGAAAAAAUAACAAAUAAAAUAAAAUGAACUAUUCUUCAGAAAAAAUAUAAAAUGUGAACAUAAUUAAAACUUUAUAAAAGAGUAAAAAAUACAAAAAAAAUGUAAAUAUCCUAAAAAGCAAUAAAUAAAUAAAUAAAAUUAAUAAAAUAUAAAAUAAAUAAAGCAAAAAAAUCACAUAAAAAUUAAUAGAAAACGAAAAAAAAAGUGUAAACAGGUUAUUUUUAAAACCUCUCGAAAAUUCAAAUUUGAAAAUUUAUAGAUAAAUAAAAGAGUAUUAAAAUAUUAAUUCUUCAAAAAUAAAAAAUGAAAUAAAAUAUUAUUCAGAAAAAAAUAUAAAAUAGAAAAAUAAUUAAAACUUUAUAAAAGAGUAUAUAUGAAUUACUAGAAAAAUUUUAAAAUUACUA